AUGCAACGAUCCCCGACUCGCGGCAAGGCUACGAAAGAAACCAAUUGCGUCAUCUCUCAUCUUCUCUUUCUUCUCGCUUCAUCCCUUCGUCCCUUAUUUCGACCUCCUUACUCGGGCAAAUCGAAGCGAGCUUGGGUGGAAAGAUACGUCGUCAUGGGUCAACGUUGGAUUGCGUUGUGCAGCCUCCUGAGCUUGGCCCUCGCCAAGGUGCCCAUCAGAGAUUGCUAUCUCGGAUCGCCUCCUUAUUGCAACAAUUCGCUGGCGGCGGAUCCGACAUGUCGUGGUCUCGAGGUGACAACUGCCGACGGUUGGAAGCGAAUGGACUGCGACUACGUCAUCUACAACAUUCCGGCAACAGCCCGACAGACUCGAAAGUGGAUCGUGAUACACGCAGGUGCCUGCGAUACUUAUACCGAAUUUCUCGGCGACUACUUCGCUCCCACCCUGGGGCUCAACAUCUUCGGAUUGCGCCCCUGUGGGGGUUUCGAGGAUAGCCUGUGCGCUGCUCGUCAUGACUAUGAUUCGUGCAUCGCCCUCCACGCAUCUUGGUUCAUGCCGCAUCCGUUGGGCACGAGUCCAGAAAUCACCCUACACGGCCUCGGUUUCAACCCUCCCGCCCUUGUCGACAUCUAUCACACGCCCGACACCAACAUGCUCUUCCUGCACGAGUACGGGGACACGAGCGCCAGCUACGAUUGGUUUUCCGCCGAUGGCUGCAAUGCUACAAGCAAGCCGCUCUACAUGUGCGUGGCCGCCAUCGAUCCCAAUUUCGCCAGCAAAUUCUCGGCCAUCAAAUCGAUACUCGAGGGCGCCUUUACCGACACGCCGGGCUUCCCCUGCAAGCUCGAAGUGGUUGAUGCGAUGCCGUAUGCACAGGACGCCGACGCAGCGAUCCCCUGCACGGGAAUCCUCCGAGAAUACAACGAUCCGGUCAAAUUUGGCGCCGACCCCUCCGGAGCGCCCAACUGGGCGUGGGAAAUGCCGCCCUUUAUGACUCGGGCGAUCCAGCUGGCAACCGAAGUGGAACCGGAUGGGACCAUGGUGAAUGCCUUUAGCAGGGCCAUAAAUAUCGCCUUGUGUAAGAAGUUUGAUGAUGCUCAUGCCACCAACUGCUACGAUGACGAUAUGCUCACUUGA